GUGACAUACGUGAUUCGUGUAGAUCCGAUGAGAACGGUUUGGGGGUGGGUUUGGAUCACUAUUGACGAAGGCUCAUCCAAUCGUUACGUAACAGCAGAAUGCAGCGCAGCACAUUCCUGAAGAAAGAGGAGACAACCAACAUACUAGUUACAGCAUCAGCGCGCCUCUGGAAAGUCAGCUUGUCAGUCACAGCAGCGCGUCCCCUGAACGAUAACGAAGAGGUGACUUUAGGUGAAAAGCCUGACCACGGAGACCGGGGUGAGAAGGUGACGAAGCGUACUUCAUGAGCUGUAACCGAAAAACUUCUGGCUUUUGGAAAGUUUGAGAACACAUAAGGCAGCCAUUUCUGGGAAAAUGCAGGGCCAGAGAGAGAAGACAUUCAUAUUGAUCCUCGUUGCUGUGCUCUCUCACAGGGUGACUCAGGCAAAGGUAAUGGACAUGGUUCCUAAUGCCGUGGAUGACCAGUACACUCACUGUCGGGAGCAGAUGUUGAAGAAGGUUGUGGAAGGGGGUCUGCUGGAAGAAGAACUGAAAAACAGUAAAACGUAUAGUGAUGCCUGGGGGGCAAAGCAGUGUACAAAGUUACUCCCGGGAGGCGUCAAGCAACACACGGAUGCAUUAGUGGCUUAUGGACAUGGGGGAAAUGAGUUCAGAAAUAUGUUCAACCAAGCAGUGGAGACUCAGGGUGGGAAUGUCACUGUCUAUAACGGCAACUUCCAGUUCAAAUCCCUCCACUUCCUUCUAAUGGAUGCCAUGAGGCUUUUGAAGACUGAGAACUGCCAAACUGUGUUUCGUGGCUCAAGCAAAGAGUAUGAGGCACAAGUAGGGUCAGAAGUGCGAUUUGGGAGGUUUACCACAACCAAGGCCAAGCGUUCCGAUGCGGAGGAAUCUGCUUCAGACAAUGGGAUCCUUUUCAACAUUAUUUCCUGCACUGUAGUCAACAUUGAUGAGUACACUUGCUUCUCAGACAGCAUUGAUCAGCUGAUAUCCCCAGCAGAGGUGUUUAGGGUGGCUGAGGUAAAGAAUGUAAGAAAUAAAGAUCACGAGUACAGAGAGAUCGUUUUGACAAGUUCAAGGACUCACAGCAUUGACAGCAUCCGCGACUGUUACCUCUUUCCCAGAUCUCCUACAAGUACGAGUCCUCCAUCAAUCACCCCCAAAGGCUCCUCUACUCAAUGGCUUGGCAGUAGCCUGUCUGUUCUUGUGGUUGUAUCUCUCUCUAUCUCCCUGAUCACCAGGACUGAUGAUCUCUGAUAAAUUAAAGUGUUGAGUGCUAAUAGAUGCGGUAAAGAAGUCAAUGGAAUGCAGACCGUGGGGGAUAGAAGGACGCACAUUCAACCAAUCUGAUUUAACAAAAUAGAUAUUUGUCAAAUUCUCAUGUUUUAUGUAUUGUAACAUGCCCAUAAUGUGCUUACUAAAGUUUGAUUUGGAUAUAUCUGUCUGUUUUCACGGCAUAACAUUUAGAAGUAGUCCCUUUUCAGGUUUAGUAGAAGUGACUGCUAAAGGCUAACUCCCAUUUGUAUUGACUGGUAGCAUAGCUAGCAUAGAGAAGUCGAUGGUGGUAGUCGUUUUUUUAACUGUAAUGCAGUUUCUUGGUGAUGAUGACAUCAACAUGUAUUCGGGUUGACAUCCAUACCAGCAUUAUUCUCAGAUUUUUACCUCAAGAUGGUGUGAAAAACACAUAAACAAUAGCCUAAAUGUAGGCUAAUUUUGCUGGUGGCCAUUGAGAUUCUGGAUCUUUCCCCCCACAACAUCUUUCCCCCAUGCGAUGCGUUUCCAUGGCAUUUCCAUUGUUUUGGUUGAGAUCCAAUGACCUCUUCACUGCUUCUAUUGAAAAUGACAAACACACACAAUUGCAUGUAUGUAAUAUCAGUGCACACAGAUAUUCAUCAAAUGUGACAAAGCGCCAACCUUUCAAACCCCUCUUAGCAUAAUGAUAUUCUCUUGAAAAAUGUAUUUCUUUGCAUUUUAUUGUUUUUGUAAAAAAAAUAUAUAUAUAUCAUGGCACGUUUUAAACAAUAUGUUACGCAUUUAGCAAAUAUUUUGGUAUCACAACAAUUGACUGUGGGUGGGUCCAGUUUUCAUAGAUGUAAUUUAAUUUUCCUCUUGUUUUGUUAUCGAAUAAAGAAACAAGUUGAGCAUU